UGGAGGAGACGUCCCUCUCCAAAACUGUGAAUCUUUGUCAGCAGUACACAUUUUAAACCCUCUGUGUCAAUGUUGCGUACAUUUAAAGAGUUUCUAUAACUUGUACAGAUAGAAAAUGCCUCGCUUUAUGCAAAUAAUGUAUCAAAACAAUUAAUUUUUCCUUUUUUUCUCCCUCUGCAGAAGACUGCGAUGCCUUUGGAGACCGUAGUACUCAGCGUGGCGCCACCUCAGAGAUUCUGGGUGUGGUCGCCCCUGGCUCCUCCCACAUGUCCAGUCACAGCGAGGAACUGGUGGUUAGCAGAAUAAAGAAUAUGUUGGCAUUUUUGCACUUGUAAAUAGUUAAUAGUGUUUUAGCCUACACUCAGAUGUGAACUCAUUCUUGCAUGCGGGGGUCUUGAAUCAAAAAAAAUAAAUACACAGGGAAGACAUUGAAAUUGCAGGUCGUUCCAAGUGCAGUGUAAAAAUGCCUAAUCUGUCGGUAGUGGGGAUUGACAGCUAUUCUGUGAAAAUGAAAGAAUAUGUCUUGUGUGUGUUUCCUUCUUUAUGUGGUAAGCAGCAGACCCCAGACACCAUUUCAAUCAAGCUUGAAGAGGAUAUUGGUGGAGGCUUCCCCGCCCUAGAAGACGUCAAUGACAUCACAGACUGCAGCACGCAGCGCGGCGCUUCCUUGGAGAGUCUGCGUGUGGACGCCCCUGGCUCCUCCCACAUGUCAAGUCACAGCGGGGAGCUGCGCAUCCUAAGCGUUUACGGACAAGGGGAGGGCCCACUGGCGGUGGACGUCCAUGACACCCUUUUUGCCGCGUCAGAACUGGUGGCCUUGAGCUCGCUGUCCGCUGACCACAGCGUGGCCAAGAGCCUGAACUGCAGCGUACGGCUAGUCCGCUUUGAGGAGCUGACUGGGCAUCAGGGUGGCUGCAAGGGCCAGCCCGGUGUCUUGUGUGGAAAGGUUAUUCCCAACAAUGCCAAUAUGAUCGUCCACAUGAGGACUCACUCCGGGGAGAAGCCCUACAAGUGUGACCAAUGCACAAAGCGCUACAAUCACAAAGGCAACCUGAACAUCCACAUGAGGAUUCACUCCGGGGAGAAGCCCUACAGGUGUGACCAAUGCAAGAAGCGCUUCAUUGAAAGUGGACACCUGAAGAGCCACAUGAGGACCCACACCGGCGAGAAGCCCUACGGGUGCGACCAAUGCAUCAAGCGCUACAGUCACAAAGGCAACCUUAACAUCCACAUGAGGAUUCACUCCGGGGAGAAGCCCUACAGGUGUGACCAAUGCGGAAAGUGCUACAGUCACAGCUCCAACCUCAAGAUCCACAUGAGGACCCACACCGGCGAGAAGCCCUACGGGUGCGACCAAUGCAUCAUGCGCUACAGUCACAAAUGCAACCUGAACAUCCACAUGAGGAUUCACUCCGGGGAGAAGCCCUACAGGUGUGACCAAUGCGGAAAGCGCUACAGUCACAGCUCCAACUUCAAGAUCCACAUGAGGACCCACACCGGCGAGACGCCCCACGGGUGUGACCAAUGCACGAAGCGCUUCGGCCAGAGCUCGUCCCUGAGGAGCCACAUGAAGACUCACACGGGGGAAAAGCCCUACAGUUGCGACCAUUGCACAAAGCGCUUCGCUCAGCAUGGCAACCUGAACGUCCACAUGAAGACUCACACCGGCGAGAAGUUUAAUUUCUAAUGCGAGGCUAGUUUUAUUUCUAACAUUAUGAGAAUCAGGCCCUUUGUCCAAAAUUCCGUACUACCCCUUUAAAGGGAUGCUUUGACAUCUGUAUCCAGGUGCUGCUUUUUUUUUCAUCACGAUUAAACGCUUUCCAACUUU